AUGUCCGUAUCUGCCCAAGACCAGCUGCACCUGCACCAGGACAAGGAUAGCAUACUGAAUGGACUCGCCAAUCACGCGGCCCUCGCCCCCUUCUUGCCCCCGACCCCCAUGGCGAACCCACCGCCAGUCCCGGACGAACGCCUCCCCCAAGAACUCAAGGAAUGCAUCUUGAACGAGCUCGCAGCGACAAAUGACCACAUCUCCCUCGCCACCUGCGCCCUCGCCCACCGCUCCCUCCUCACCCCUAGUCAAACGCACAUCUUCCACACCAUCCAUCUCCGCACCGCCGCCCUCACCGCGCGCUUCCUCCACCUCCUCUCCUCUUCCCCCCAUCUCGCCCCCCUCGUCCGCGCCCUCCACGUCGAGGAGGAGCCGAACGGGCACGGCCAGUGGAUCGCCCGCAGCACCGACCUCGCCGCCGUCCUGCGGCGCCUGCCCGGCAUAAACCACCUCUUUCUCCGCCCAUCCUCUGUCUGUUAUGCAGUGCUGCCCGAGUCGCUGCGCGCGGCGCUGCUGGAGACGCUCCCAUCUCUCCAGACCCUGCACCUCACCUGCGUGUUCCAGCUGCCCCUGCUCAUCUUCGACCGGCUGCAGAGCGUGCGGAGCUUGCGCUUGUCCUGGGUCUCCUUCGAUCGUGCGCCCGCGCCGCCGUCGAGCGCGAGCACCCGCCGGCCCCUCUCGAACCUCGCACUAUGCUUGACGAGGGACAAUCAUUGGGUGCUGGUGCAGCGGCUGCUAGACCCCGAGGGCGCAUUCCCCCUCGAUGUACACGCACUGCGCAGUCUUCGUCUCGAUGUGCUGCACGCCCGAGACACCCGCUGGCAAGACGACGCUUGCAAGGUCCUCGAGCAAUGCUCAGACACCCUCCAAGCACUCGAGCUUGGGGCAGGCGUCCCUCGCGCAUUCGACUACAACCCCGACGACAUGUCCGUCAUCUCCCUCGCCUCCAUGCGCCAGCUCAAAAUCCUCGCCCUCCGCGACGUCCUCGUCUCCCGCUCGGACGACGAGUGGGGCUGGCUCCGCAGCCUCCUCGCCACCGUCCCCGACAUCGAGCACCUCAUCAUCGACUUCAGCCCCAAGCUGCACCCGAUAGGGCAGUCGGGGAUAUGGGAGUGGCUGGAUCAGAAUCUGACCUCUGGACAUUUGGGGAAGUCGCUGAAGUCAGUGACUCUGCAUAUACCCGCGCCUCGACACAUACAGGUCGACAUGCCUGCGACUAUAGAGAAUCUGCGCCAGCAGAUGGGCACGCUGGGCGAGGUGACAAGGCUAAAACUCUGUGUCAAGCCAGUCGCAUUCAUGCUGGUCCGACCAUCGCUGAUACCCUCCGAGAUUCUGGAUUGCGUUGAGUGA